AUGCCGCAAGUGUCAUGGAACCGAACAACAUGGUUGUUACAGAUUCGUCGUUUUUAUUCAAUUGUUGUUGUUUUAGUUCUCGCAGCUCGUGGACUGAUUUUAAAAGGCCAUUCAAAGUUAGAUGCAUUUGUUAAUUUAUCUCUCACUGACGGUUCUUCCUGGAAAAGUAAAGUACAAACUGACAACAGAAAGACCACUACGGGAAACUGCAUUUGGAAUCAGCGAUGCGAGUUCAGCGUAAAUAGUUUGGAUUCAGUACUUACAGUGACUGUGUAUCACCGCACUAUCAUUGGGAAAACAGAAUCUGUCGGAGUGGUACAGAUGCCGCUUCGCCCGCAGUUCGGUAAACGGGAAUCUCUAUGGUUUCUUUUGCGCAAAAAGUCCACACUGUCUUCUAAUGCGGACAAGUAUCGAGGAGAAAUUCAAUUGAAAUUUGAAUUCUCUAACAAAUUUUCUACUUCAUCUUUAACCCUAAACAGUGUACAUGGCGGUAGUAAAUUGGAAUCAUUGAAGCGAAAAAUGCGCUUUGGUAAGAAAAAAGAUAAGUUUUUGGACGCUGCAUCUGUUGCGGGCUUUCCGGGAUAUUCAGACCGUUCUUCACUGACAUCGCUUGACUUAUCGCGUAACCUUUCGCAGCUUAGUUUUGGAAGCGAUGGACUGAUUAUUCCACCAUCCCAAUCCUUCCCAGCUUACGGGACAGUUCAGCUUGCCAGCCCCCUGGGUGAUUCUGCCUCUUCCUGUUCACGACGUGCUUCAACUUCAUCGUUACAUCCUUCACGGGGGUCGUCUCCAGUGGUCGCGUCAGAAGUUGAUGAAGUUUCAGCAGUAACCACUACUCUCGCACAGAGCACUACUUCUUCUGGGUUCUCUUCAACAAGAUCUUCAAAAAUUAGAAGGCCUACUGUUAUGACGUAUUGCGAGCAGGGUGUCUGCUGUGAGGAGCUGCGAAAAACCGUCGAAGAACAAAGAUUACAGCUUGCAUUCAAGGAUGCCAAGAUACGUGACCUUCAAGAGUAUAUCGAUAAACUGGUUACGCGUGUAAUGGAAAACGACCCUGCGCUGUUGGAAUGUUCGCGUGUCACCUAUGCUCAUUGA